AUGGCCAAGGUCUCUAAAGGAAAAGAGAUUGAUCUCCUUAUUGUCAUUCUACCAGACAAUAAUGGAUCGUUAUAUGGUGAUCUGAAGCGCAUCUGUGAGACCGAACUCGGCAUUGUAUCUCAGUGCUGCCUGACCAAGAAUGUAUUUAACACGAAUACACAGUAUUACCCUAACGUGGCUUUGAAAAUUAAUGUCAAAGUUGGAGGAAGGAACACAGUGCUUGUUGAUGCCUUAUCAAUGAAAAUCCCUCUGGUCAGUGAUCGCCCCAACAUAAUCUUUGGUGCUGAUGUAACCCAUCCUCAUCCUGGAGAGGAUUCAAGCCCGUCAAUUGCUGCUGAGAUCAUUCAGGAUCUGUUUAAAGAAUGGAAGGAUCCUCAGACAGGGGUGGUGACUAGUGGUGGCAUGAUUAACGAGCUGCUUAAAGCCUUCCAUAGAUCAACUGGUCAUAAGCCCUUAAGGAUCAUAUUCUACAGGGAUGGAGUUAGUGAAGGACAGUUUCAUCAGGUUUUGCUCUAUGAGCUCGAUGCCAUCCGCAAGGCAUGUGCUUCGCUGGAAGAAGGCUAUCAGCCACCAGUGACGUUUGUGGUGGUGCAGAAGCGCCAUCACACGAGGCUGUUUGCUCACAACCACAAUGAUCGUAAUUCCGUUAAUAGAAGUGGAAACAUAUUACCAGGCGAUAUCUGUCACCCUCGUGAAUUCGACUUUUAUCUCUGUAGCCAUGCUGGCAUUCAGGGAACUUCUCGACCUGCUCAUUACCACGUGCUUUGGGAUGAGAACAACUGCUCUGCAGAUGGACUCCAGUCUCUGACCAAUAACUUAUGCUACACGUAUGCGAGAUGCACUCGUUCUGUAUCCAUUGAGAGAGAUUAG